UGCGAAUAGAAUAUGAUGAUAGUGCCAGCUGCUGGGCCCGAAUUCGUGUUGUGUGCCUCGGAUUUGCAUCGUCAUGUGGAAAAUACAUAACAAGCUCUUAAUCUACAUACUCUGGAUUAUGGAAAUAAGAUUAGUGUCCAGCUUUACAUCCGCCAUGCUCUGUGGCCGGAUUCCGGGCCUGACCCCGGGCCAGCGAAACAUGUGCCGCGAGAUGCCCGACGCCCUGAUCGCCCUGGGCGAGGGCCACCAACUGGGCGCCCAGGAGUGCCAGCACCAGUUCCGGGGACACCGCUGGAACUGCUCGGAGGUGUGGCAGCGCAACGUCUUCGCCCAUGUCAUACCCACUGCUUCUCGUGAGGCUGCAUACACCUAUGCGAUAGCAAGUGCUGGAGCGGCGUACGCGGUGACCGCCGCCUGUGCCCGCGGCAACAUCUCCACCUGCGGCUGUGAUGUGCGGCACAAGGCCACGCCCACUGGCGGCGGUACGCCCGACGAACCCUGGAAGUGGGGCGGCUGCUCGGCGGACGUGGACUUCGGGAUGCGGUAUGCGCGCAGAUUCAUGGAUGCCCGUGAACUGGAGCGAGACUCCCGCACGCUGAUGAACCUGCACAAUAACCGGGCAGGGAGAACGCUGGUCAAGAAGAUGCUGCGCACGGACUGCAAGUGCCAUGGCGUCAGUGGCUCCUGCGUGAUGAAGACCUGCUGGAAGAGCCUGCCGCCCUUUCGACUGGUCGGCGAUAGACUCAUGCUGAAGUAUCAAAAAGCCAAAACUGUUCAAGCCGUCAAAGGCAAACGUGGACUGAGAUUAGUAUUAAGCAGAAAGAAGCAUGCCGGCACCGCUCGUGCCCAGAAACCGGUCCUCGAUUGGCCGAAGCGCAUGGAGCUGAUCUACCUGGAGGCGUCGCCCAACUAUUGCGAGCGGAGUCUGCAGACGGGCAGCCAGGGCACCUCAGGCCGGACCUGCCAGCGGACCGGCCACGGCCCCCAGAGCUGCGACCUGCUCUGCUGUGGGCGUGGCCACAACACGCAGCACAUUCGGAGGACCACGCAGUGUCGCUGCCAGUUCCGCUGGUGCUGCGAGGUCAAAUGCGACGAGUGCGACGAGAGCUACGAGGAGUUCACCUGUAAAUAGACGGGAGCAGAUCGCUACAACUAGGGCUAUGUCAUAGGAAAUGCGUUGAUUAAGUAUUAUGAGAAAUGUAUUACAACCGCAGAUACGCACCACGCCACCAUACAGACACAUUCCAGAAUAAACAUAACAAGUUAACAUACACAA